AUGCGAGAUUACCGCCAGGAAACAGCAAUUUCAGCUUUCUACGGCGACGUAUUCCUCCGCUUGUAUGUUUUUGCAGAAGUCUAUGACGUGCCGCUCUUGAGGCAGGACAUUAUGACCUUGAUGGUUGACCUUGAAAGACCCACGGGUAUUCUGUGUCAGAAGAUCGACAGAGACGCCUUGGACAAAUCUCUGCUCUCGAAUUCGCCGUUCCGAAUCUUCUUGCUAAAGUGGAUGGCCUUCGUAUUCGUCGGUUAUCCGUUGAACACCACGACUGCAGCAGACAUCAGAAAAUGCUUUUCUCAUGAUUGGCUUGCUGAAGUGAUGUGGAUUAUAGCCUCCCAACCAAAAGAUCCACAUCUACGUGAGCGUUUGUAUGACGAUGUAAAGGAUAGUUGCGCAUUUCACGAGCACCAGAACGAUUGGGAGAAGAUUCUGUGUCGACGACAUCAAGCCUUUGACACCCAGUUCUACACCAACUUUCUGCGCAAUAUAUUUAAUCUCAUUUUCGAUCUCGAUAAAAAAUACGGAACUCCGGAAACAAAGAAAAAGAGAGAAAAGGCGAAAGCCGAGGAACAGAUCAGGGUCAAGCUAGAAGAAGACAUACAGUCCUCGGGAUUUGAAAGCGCCGAGGAAACUUUGGAUGAAGAAGAGUGA